CCUUUACACUUUGUGACAGAAAAAAGAAAGAAAUGUUCAUUUGAUCCGAUUACUGUUUGUUCAAAAGAUCAUAAAAACAUCAAACCGUUGCUAAAGGAGAAACUAACAAACAUUUUCUGCUGAGUUUCAUCAUAAAAAUAAUCAAAACAUAAAACAUGAUGAAAUGUUGAGAUUAUGUUGAUCAAAUCUCUGCUGGGAAUAAAUGAGUUGAAAUCAGAGAUUUUCUUCUGAAUGUUUAAUAUUUUUCUAUUUCUCAAUAACUGAAAGCUCUUGAUGUCGUGUUAUUCAUAUUAUCCAUAUUAUCCAUGUCAUUCAUGUCAUUCAUGUUAUUCAUGUUUGAACAUGCAUAGAGCUGAAGUUUAAUUAUCCGUCUGCUGUUCUUCAGACCCGAUCUGGAUCUCUGCUGACCUUGGAGAACAAAGCCGGUGUGAAUCAGACCCAGAGGAAAAUCCGCCUCUGGUUUUCCGUCCAGCAGAGCGACAGCCGCGUCUCAACAUGGGGGGCGCCUCGUCGGGCGGGGCCGCGCCGGGCGUCCCGCUGGUCCUGUUCAAUGACAGCGACCAGAACUCGCUGCUGAACGCCACCAACUCCACCGCCCUGGACGACGCUGGGCCCAGCGCCGCCGCCAUCCUCAUCCCGCUCAUCUACGUGGUCGUCUGCGUCAUCGGCCUGGGCGGCAACACGCUGGUCAUCCACAUCGUGCUGCACUACUCCAAGACCGAGUCGGUCACCAACAUCUACAUCCUGAACCUGGCAAUCGCAGACGAGCUCUUCAUGCUGGGCCUGCCCUUCCUGGCCGUCCAGAACUCGCUGCAGGCCUGGCCCUUUGGACCCUUCAUGUGCCGACUCGUCAUGACCGUGGACUCCAUCAACCAGUUCACCAGCAUCUUCUGCCUCACCGUCAUGAGCGUCGACCGCUACCUCGCCGUCGUUCACCCCAUCCGUUCCUCCAAGUGGCGGCGCCCUCCGGUGGCCAAAGUGGUGAACUGCACCGUGUGGGCUCUGUCCUUCCUGGUCGUUCUGCCGGUGGUGAUCUUCGCCAACAUCCAGAAGGCGGGAGGAACCUGCAACAUCAGCUGGCCGCAGCCGGCCAACAUCUGGAGGGCCGCCUUCAUCAUCUACACCUCCACCGUGGGCUUCUUCUGCCCGCUGCUCAUCAUCUGCCUCUGCUACCUGCUCAUCGUCUUCAAGAUCCGCAGUUCGGGUAGAAAGGUCCACGCCACCUCAACCAAGAGGCGGAAGUCGGAGCGGAAAGUGACGCGAAUGGUGGUGAUAGUGGUGGCGGUCUUCGUCUUCUGCUGGUUGCCUUUCUACGCACUUAACAUCAUCAACCUGCUGGUGUCUCUGCCGUCGGACUACCAGGGCCUUUACUACUUCGUGGUUGUGCUCGGAUACGCCAACAGCUGCGCCAACCCCAUCGUCUACGGCUUCCUGUCCGACAACUUCAAGAGAGGUUUCCGGAAGGCUCUGUGCCGCUCCACCAGGAAGGUGGAGAGUCACGAACCGGCGGAAAGUCCGCGGCAGCAGGACGAGGGGCGGCGGGCGCUGCUGCCCCGGGAGAGCCUGCGGCGGGCCGUCCGCCACGACGAUGACGACGAUGAAGAUGCUUCUGAAAUGACUGAGAUCUACCAGAUCACCCACAACGGGAACAGCGGCUUCCCGCCUCAGGCCGCGGAGAGAGCGGCGGAGAGUCCGACCCCGGACCGGGACCGGGGCGACGGCGGCGGCGGCGGGGAGCCCAGAGGGAAGGAACCGGCUAAUGGGCCGGCCCUCCGCGAGUCGGUUCUGACCGGUUCGGUCCUGACUGGGUCGGUUCCGACUGGUUCGGUCCUGACUGGGUCGGUCCUGACUGAAUCGGUUCCGACAGUCCUGACUGAAUCGGUUCCGACAGUCCCGCUGCUGCUGAACGGAGCCAAAAACGGAAGUGUGAAAACUCUGCCGGAGGAAAACCCGGACCAGAGCGCCUCACUGGAGAUGGUUUUCUGAAGCGCCUGUCAGAGCGCCUGACGUUAGCAAAAGUCCUUCACAGUUAAGUUGUUCUGCUUCGCUUUGUGCGGCUAACGCUCUGAAGGUCAGCCUUUAAAAAGCUUCAGGUAAACAAUUUUACAUCACUGGCAAUUUAGCACAUUUGGAGAAAUAUUUCUUUAAUAAAUAACAGGUAGAAACGGCACAACAGUGUCCCUGAGUCAGCAGUAAAGUUAGAGGAAUUUCUUGUUUUUCUUUAGAGAGCGAUACUUUCAUGAUUCUAAUUCAAGAACAAAUUUCACAUUCCAGUUAGAAAUGAAAAUCCAGAGAGAAUUCAAAACAUCUGUCAACUUAUAACAUCUUGGCUGCGCAGGCCACACCCUUUUUUGCAGUGUAGACCACGCCCAUUGAUUAUAGGCCACGCCCCCUUGACAGCGCAGUCCAGCUGCAUGCUCUGCAAACUGGCAUGUUCUCUGCAGAUUCACUUCUGAGAUGUCUGGAAGAUUUUAUUGCGGAACAAUAAAAUGUUUAAUUUAGACCAGAAAGUUUUAAGGACUUCCUGUUUCAUUGAGCACCAAAAGGUGUUAAAAAAACAAAACUUUUUCUCAUAUAUUAUAUAUUAUCUGCUGUUGGUAUCAUUGUAACUAUGUUUUCCAUCCUUUUAGCUUUUUUAACCUUUGAACCCUUCAGGCUACAUUAACUUUCCAUCAAGUCUCAUUUCUAAGAACUGAAUGUUCAUUAGAUAACCACAGAUAUAUCUGCUUAGAUUAGUGCUGUUUAAAAUGAAUCCAUGUUGCUUUUUGUGCGUGUUGUUCAUGUUGAGCUGUUUGUCAGUUCAUUAGGUCCGUUUCUUGAAAGCGAAGCUGUAAUUUGGAUGUUUUUCUCUUUUUCUGUGAGCAGCUCAGACAGCCGCUGACGAGCUGCUGCACGUUUCUGUGGGUCGAUGUUAUUCAGUUGGUUCACAUUGAGACACAUUACGGUGUAAUCAGAGCUCUCAAUCGGCAGCUUUAGGUGUGAUUCACAUGUUAUUGUUCAGCAGAUGAGCCUGGCAGCGUCACGGCUCCAGAUCCGGUCCGGUCCGGUCCGGUCUCUGCGUCAGACAGCAGCAGCAUGAAAACAUUCAGCACCUCAAGCUGAAGAAAGUUUGAUUCCCAAACCACAGAAAUGUCAAAGCAUGCAGAAAUAUACAGGACUGUACAUUGUGAAAACAUUAUUAACAUAAACAUUCUUAAUUUUUCAGCCAGUCAGAUUAUUUUUUAUGGCAAAAAUGAGCAGUGACCAGUUUGAGUUUCUCCAGUGAAAAGUGAGUUAGGAUAUUUAUAAAGCAUUAGUCCACAACAUAUAAUGAUCAUAUUUUGAGUUAUGAGAUUUAAUGUUCAUGAGACGCAAAGCUGUCAAAUAUGUCAAAUUUAUUAAAUAAAAUCUUGGAUUUUAAUCUCGUAAUCAUUAUUAUCUAAUAUUAUGAUAUGAAUAUAGCAUUAUGAGAUAUUGUAUUUAUUUGUGUGACUCAAUUAAAACAAAAAAUUAGUUAAUUACAGGGUCUGUAAUUAAUUAAUUGCAUUUUAGUCAAAAACAUACAACCAUAAUAUGUUGUCAAAAUGAGCAAUAUUUCAAAAUAAAAACAUUUUUGCUGCAAAAUUAUUAAAUAAACAGACAGAUGAGCUCAAAAACAAAGAUAUUUAUAGUUUAUAGUCUGAUCUCCAACCAUCAGACUGGAGCAAAGAGUUUCAGGAGAUCAUUCAUGGAGCUUCUUUAGACGCUAACAUAAUAAAUAACAUUAGCGUUAGCUGCUGUUUUCGAUGCUAUUUUAGGCUAGCAUAGCUUCACUGCUAGGCUAACUCCUUUUAGCACAACUUGAACCAACAAUAGUAUUUUCCAGCGUCCAAUCAGAUGGUUUAGAAACAGAAAUUAACCCCUAAUGGACCAGAGAGAAGCAGCUUCAUCCUCUAUCGCCGUUAGCAAACGUAGCUUGUGCGUCAGGUUUACAGGCGUACCAGAAACACAAUACAAAGGUUCCAGCUCGGGAUUUUUGUAUGUAGAAUAAAAUUUGUGAUUAAUUGUGUUAAACAUUUUAAUGUGU